UCCCGCUUCGUUAUUUUUAUUUAAGUAUUUUAUUUACUAUUAAAUGUAUUAUUUAAUUAUAUAUAUAUUUUUUUAUUAUUAUGUAAUGAAUUGUUAUUUUAUGAUUAUUCUUUUUUAUUUUCUUUUUUUCUUUUAUUCGUCCGGUGCCGCUGUCCCGGUCGUGUGCUUUUACUUUGCCGGGCCGGAAGUGCUCGGGUCCCGGGUGGACGCGGCGGCGGCUCCGGGGCUUGACUCUGGUGUGUGGAGGAAAAGAUGGCUGCUCCGGCGGCAACAGCGACUCCUGUCCCGGGUUUGUGCCCGAGUUACGCCGUGAUCUGCUCUUUCCUGGAGCGGUUCGGGGCUCAGCUGGACCUCCCGGAGCUCACCUUCCCGCAGCUGGAGCGUUAUCUGCGGGACACAUGCUCAGUCCCAAAGCUCUUGGUGGACCUCCACGUGAAGUUACUGAGGAAGAUCGGCAAGUCUGUGUCUGCAGAUCGAUGGGAGAAACAUCUGGUGAAGAUCUGUCAGGAGUUCAACACGACGUGGGCGUGGGAGAUCGAGCAGAAAGGAUACAAGACCAUGUCCAUGGAGUGUAAGACGGGAAUCCUCAAGUACCUGUGCGAGUGUCAGUUCGAUGAGAAUGUGAAGUUCAAAGCCGCCAUAAACGAGGAAGACGCCGACGCCAUGAGGCUGCAGCCGAUCGGGCGCGACCGCGACGGGCAGAUGUACUGGUUCCAGCUGGACCAGGACAACAACGUGCGGCUCUACGUGGAGGAGCAGGACGACCUGGACGGCUCCUCCUGGAAGUGCAUCGUCAGGGACAGGAACGACUUGGCCGAGGUCGUGGCUCUGCUGAAGACUCAGAUCGACCCUGAGCUCCUGAAGAGAGACAUGGAGGCCAAAGCCAAAGAGGCCAAAGACCAAGAGGCCAAGGACCAAGAGGAGGGUAAAGAGAAAAAGUCCGACGAUGAAACUUCUGACGAGGAGAACAAAGACCCGACCAAACCCAAGACGGAGGACCCAGUGUCACCGAAGAAGGAGCAGGAGCCGGACCAGGACCGAGUGAAGACCGAGGAGGACAAGUCCCCGGUGAACGGCCUCCCGGAGUGCAAAGCCGAGUGCGAGCCGACCGUCGAGAAGCUGAUCAAGGAGGAGCCCGCCGAGGUGACUCCGGCCAUGACCGAGCUGUCCGAGGAGAGACUGAGCGAGCAGCAGGCCAAGAUCCCGCUGAAGAAGAGGGGCAUGAAGUUCACAGAGGGCUUCGAGAAAACCAGCAGCGUCAUCGUCCCGAACCAAGCGAUAAUCCAGGCCAAGGACAACGGGAGAACCGAACCCCAGAGCGUCAUCAAACACGUGAACGGGGAGCUCCUGGACAAAGACCUGGAGAAGCAGGAGCAGAUGGACGUGGAGAAGCUGAGCGUAAGCGCGAAACCGAGUGAAGCACUUGACGUGAAGGGAGACGGGUCGUCCGUAACUCCGUCCACGAAGGAAGACGCGGAGGAAGAAACGGUUCAAAGCAAAACUACAGACUCUGAAAGUAAUUCCAAACCAGAAACAACCGAGAAGGACCAAGCCAUUUGUGACGAAAAAACACCAGAAGAAAACGAUAUUUCCAAAGCCGCCGAUGGUUCCGUCUCAGAGGAUCCUGAGAGAAGCAAAGAGGAGAAGAUGGAAGUAGACCAAUUAGACAAAAGCGCUCCAUCUAUAAGAGACCAAGCAGAUUCUCCGGACAAACCGAGUGAAACCAACGAGGUAAACGCCGACCAAUCGGACGACACUACGAACGCUAAACCGCACCAAUCCGAAGACGCGCCAAAGUCCGAGGUUGCGCAGACGUUGGACCAGAAUUCCAAGGCAGAUAUCAACCAGUCUGAUGACAUUUCUGAACCAAAAACUGACCAAAAAAUGGAGACUGAAACUAAAGAAGAGCCUUCAAAACCUACGUCAGAUCAUGAAGACCACCCCAAACCUACACCCACAGCAGACGCGCCGUCGGAAAAGUCGGAAAAGUCGGAAAAGUCGGAAACUGUCUCGUCUUCGAUAAAAGAGACCACAGGUGAUGUCGAAAAUACAGAGAAGCAAUCUGUAGAGAAGUCCCAAGACCUCAACGAGAAGGUUCUACCGGAGCCAGAGACUGAAACAACAACAGAAAAAGAGGAACGUAGCGCUGAGAACUCGGAAGACGCCAGUAAGGACAAAACGGAAGCAGCAAAAGACCAAGACGACGUUAAAACCCCAGAGAAGGACACUAAAGAGGUUUGUAUCGACGCCAAAUCAGACAAGACUGAAAAAGUAGAAGAUUCAACAGCCUCUAAAACCUGCGAAGAACAUCCGGAAACGAAGGGCGAGGAAAAGUCGGGUCACGCUGAAGAUCCGACCGAGCAAAAAGAAUCGAGCGCUGAUCCGAAAGCGGAGGAGGAACCUUCAAAACCAAGUGAGGAAACAUCUAAAGGCGCAGAGAAAAUGGACACGGAGGAGAAAGAGAAGGAGAAGGAGAAGGACGAGAAAGAGACUCCGAAAUCGCCGCUUCCCGAGGAGACCAGGAAAGAGGAGGAAGGUCCAGAAGCUAAAGACGGAGAGACGAAGAAGGAUGACGAGAAAACGGAACAAACUAAACAAGACGAAACGAAAACGGCGGAGGAGAACGCCGGCAAAGAACCGGAAACGAACGGCGAAGGCGAGAGGACGGACGAAGGGAAAAAAGCGGAGGAGGAGCGAGCAGAAGACGAGAAGAAAGCGGAGGAGGAGGAGGAGGAGGAGAAGGAGCCGAAGAAGAGGGUGGGGAGGAAGCCGCGGAGAAGACCGGCUCACAGGAGGAAGGCGGAGCUGCAGAAGGAGGAGAAAGACUCGGAGUCGGACACCAACACGGGUCUGUCGCUCAGGAGGUCUCCGCGGAUCAGACCGGCGCCCAAACCCGCCCCGGAACCCAAAGACGAGAAGAAAGACGAGAAGAAAGACGGCGGCCAGGAUAAGGAGAGCGAGGAGGAAGAGGAGGAGGAGGAGGAGACGACGAAGACGAAGGCCACGCCCAGGAAGCCCAGAGAGAAGAAGGUUCAGGACAAAGAUCAGGAGGGACAACCGAAGAAGGGGAGGAAGAGGAGGAAGGUUCGUUGGACCAACACUCGGACUCGGCGGAGGAAGAAAGGCUCGGACGAGGACGAGGAGAACAGCGAGGACGAGACGAGCGAGUACGAGGAGAGCGAAGUGGACGACACGAGCGACGAGGACUACAAGGUGGAACGGACGAGGAAGAGGAGGAACCGCAACAACCGCGAGCGACGCAGCUCCGAGUCCUCGUGCUCCUCCGACGACCUCCCGCCCAACGAGGACCCCUGCAAACACUGCGGCCUCCCCAACCACCCCGAACUGAUCCUGUUGUGCGACUCGUGCGACAGCGGCUACCACACGGCCUGCCUCAGACCGCCGCUCAUGGUCAUCCCGGACGGAGAGUGGUUCUGCCCGCCCUGCCAGCACAAACAACUGUGUGACAAGUUGGACGAGGCUCUGCAAAACCUGGACACGGCUCUGAAGAAGAAGGAGCGAGCGGAAAGGAGGAAAGAACGUCUCAUUUACGUUGGAAUCAGUGUGGAAAACAUCAUCACCCCUGCUGUGGAGGUGGAGGAGAAACCUGAAGUUGUUUUGAAGGAGAAGAAAGAAUCAAAGAAGAGUAAGAGCUGGGGUCGAAGGUCAACCAGAGCACGCAAGACCAUCAGCUACAGGUUCGAUGAGUUCGAUGAGGCCAUAGAAGAGGCCAUCGAGGAGGACAUCAAGGAAGCUGAAGGAGGAGGUGCAGGUCGGGGUAAAGACAUGGCCAACAUCACGGGCCACAGGGGCAAAGACAUGUCCACCAUCCUCCAGGAGGGCGGCAAAGAGAACGGCAAACCCCCGCGCGCCACCGGGGGGCGGCAGAAGAAGAAGAGACGACGCCUCAACGACCUGGACUCUGACAGCACCGUGGACGAAGAAGAGAGCGAAGAGGAGUUCUGUCUCAGCGGCAGCACGUCGGAGGAGUUUGUGGCGUCGGAUAACUCCGGGGAGAGCGACGCCGCGUCCAACGACAGCGACAACGAGAGCGGCGGCGGCGGCGGCAGCAGAAGGCGGAGAGUGCACCCCAAACAGCCAAUCAGGAAGAGCCAGCGCAGGAGGCGGAGACCCAAAGGUUACUCCGACGACGAAGAGGACGAGACGGACGAGGACGACGAAGAGGAGAUGGCGACGGAGGGCUCGAGCGAGUACUCGAGUAGUGAUCUGGACGUGAGUAUGCGCCGCUCUCGUCGGAGCCGUAAACGAGCCGUAAACUACCACGAGACGUCAGAGUCCGACGGCUCCCAGACCGAGAACAACCGAGACAAAACCAAACCUCGACGCCGCCUGGACGACACCUCCGACUCCAGCGCGAGUUUUUCGCGCGGUUCUUCGGACGAGGCCCCUGAGCGGCGGCUGAAGCGCGGCUGGUCUGACGACGUUCACCGACAGAAGCAUCGGCGCGCGGCUCUGAAACGGCGCCGAGCCUCAGAGGACGACGAGUCUUCGGACGAGAGCGACUCUUCGGAGGAGGACCGGCCCGUCCGGAAACGCGUGAACCGCAUCGACUCGGACGACUCGGAGGAAGAGGAGGAGGAACGGGAGGAACCGCAGAAGGAGGACGAGGAGGACGGCGCGCAGAACAAGGCGACCGACGAAGACCGACCCGACGAGUCCGGCCAAGAGGAGAAACCCAAGGACGCGAGCGAGGAGGGCGGGGCCAAGAAAACGAGCGAAGAGGACAAACCGCAAAAAGCGUCGGAGGACAGAACGAAGGGCGCGAGCCACGGCCCGCCUCCGACCUCGGGACAGAGCGCCGUGAAGAGCGCGGCGCCCGCCCCGCACGCGGACGCGCCCAAAGCCUCGGCCCCCAACGGCGUGGGCGCCGAGGGGACGCAGGGCGAGGACGAGGACGAGGACGACCUGUUGGGCGUCACCGACCUGGUGGACUACGUCUGCAACAUCGAGGACUUGUAAAAAAGGACCUUUGUGCUGUUGUAUUUUUAUAUGGCUUAACUUUAUUCAGACGCCCGUCUCCCUGUGGACCUGCCCCGCCCCCCG